AUGGCCGCUUCUAGGGUCCAUCCAAAGCAAGCUCAAGAAUUGAAUUCGAUUGUGAAAUAUGUCAAGCCCCUCUUUGAAUUCUUGGAGGGUCUUCCUCAAGAAGAGAAGGUAAUUCUGGUAGGAGGGCUUUGCCUGUCAAUGGCCAUGGAGAGAUUUCCUGAGAAAGUAGAUGUUGCUAUUUUUGCUGCUGCUCUCAUGCCGGGUCCUGAGCUCAGUUUUCACUCCAUCCGUGAAGAGCGUGAUCGCAGAUUGAAAUUUAGCACGGGCUCAGCAAACGCAUUUGAUGGUGGCCCUGCACAACCUCCCACCGCCCUGUUCUUGGGACAUGAUUUACUCUCUUCCAAGUUGUAUCAACUGUCCCCACCUGAGGAUUUGACUUUGGCGUCCUACUUAAUAAGGCCAUUUCAACUGUACCCCAAUCAAGCCAAAAUGAAGGAGGAAGUAGCAGUCACAGAGGGCAAAUACGGCGCUGUCCGCCGGGUUUACAUCGUGUGUGACCAGGACCUCAUGAUAACGGAAGACGUGCAAAGAUGGAUGGUAGAGAUGAACCGCCGGAUGAAGUGA